AUGUUACCUGAUGAUCCAUUGCAAACAUCAACAUCACCACCAUUAUCUAAAAUAUCAUCGUCACCAUCUUUCCAAUUAGUUUCAGCCUGUACUGGCAAAAAAAAACGUCGUCAACGCCAUGAAUCAAAUACAACUGAUAGUUCAUCAUCUCGAACGGUUAUUCGUCGUACAACAUCAUGGCGAUGGGUAAUUGUAUUUGGUUCAUUUGGUGUCCAUUUUGUUGCCGACGGUCUUCUCUUUUCAUUUGGCAUGCUUAUGCAUGUAAUAAAAGAUGAUCUUAAACUUGAACUACAUACUGUCGGUAUCAUUGCAUCACUAUUUGCUAGUUUACCUCUUCUACUAGCACCAUUAUGUAGUGCAAUGGUGAACAAAGUUGGAUGUCGUUUUAUGACAAUGCUCGGUGGUUUGCUUUGCACGAUUGGUUUGUUCAUUGCAUCAUACUGUGGUAAUUUCGUUGGCGCACUUGUUGGUAUUGGAAUUAUUAGUGGUAUCGGUUUAUCGUUCGUUUAUGUUCCAGCAGUGGUCAUUGUAGCACAUUAUUUUGAUGAUAAUCGUGCUAUUGCUACAGCUGUUGCUGUUGGUGGAACUGGUAUCGGUAAUGCUGUUGUUGCACAAUUAAUUCAUGUAUUAAAUGACUAUUACGAUGAUUGGCGAGAUACAACAUUAUUUUUAUCCGGUGUACUAUUUACAAUUGUUCUAUUCGGUGCACUUUUUCGUCCUGCUCAAUUUGAAUUUCAUGAAAAAGAUAAAAAUUAUCAUCAUACGAUGAAUGAUAUACGUUUACCGCCAUCAUGUAUGACAUCGAUGGAAAAAUUGCAACGCUUUGUAAAUGAAAUGGAUAAACAAUGUGCACUGCGUCAGACAAAUCAACAAGUUAGUAUAUCACUAUCAAACAAUGAACGAUUAUCGACAAUAAUUGAUGAUAAUGAUUCAAUAUCCAUUGGCAAUGAAUCCGAUCUAUUCGAUUCAUAUUCAGCCGAUGACAUAACAGACAUUCAACAUGAUAAUAGUUUAAAAGUUGAUAUGACAACAUUUCGAGAGAAAAUUUCUAAUGACAUGAGAUUUAUUAAUGAACGAUGGAAAAAAAUAGCAAAAAAACAAGUAGAAACAGGAGCAAAUUCAAAAUUAUUUCGUAUGCCUAACUUUCGUUAUUUAAUAUCGAAUAAAAAUAAAGAAAGAAAUAAUACAUUGGUCGUACCAGAUCAAAAUACGCAUGCAUUAAUUGAAAAAAUUAAUCCAUUAUCUCAUUGCACUCAUCCUCAUAGUUCUACUCAUCAGGUUUCUUUUGCAAACGAGCAAAAACAAAAUAAGACUUUCAUACAAACACCAUCCGAAGAUAUAGGUACGAAAAAAGAAACAACUACAAAAUCAGAAAACAUCGAUCUAGUACCGAUAUCAAAUAAAGAGAUCAUUGUACCAGGAGGACAUGCUACGGUUCGUUUUCGUUCUCUUGCACCAGCUAAGCAAGCAGAACAGUUAUUACAAGUUUACUAUCAACCAAUUAAUCAGAAAGAUAUAUUCUAUCCUGGAAAUGUACCAACAAAAUCAUUAAAUAAAAAACAAGCGUUAUCAGCAACUAGUUGUCCUGAUCUAAUUCAGUCGCAUUUUUAUGAAGAAUCUGCAACGUCAAUAUCAAGUUCAUCAUCAGAAUCUGAGGAUGAAGAUAGUUCAAUACUCUAUCAUCGACAUCGCCGAUUAUUGUUCUAUCGUAAAGGUUUAUCAUUUCUUCAUACAUUACGUCGUAUGUUAGGCUUACAAUUAUUUCGUGAUUACCGUUAUGUAUUAAUAUUUAUUUCACAAUUUCUAUUCUAUUUAUUUUACGAUUUAAUUUAUUUUUUCCCUGUCGAUUAUGGAGAAACAGUCAUUGGUUAUACAAAAAAACAAAUGACUAUGCUAGUUACAAUUCUAGGUGUAGGCCAAUUUUUUGGGCAACUAUUUUUUGGAAUCUUAGCUAAUUAUUCAUUUAUUGAUGAAUUAAUUCUUUAUAAUAUUGGUGCGAUACUUUGUAGUGUUGCAAGCUGUCUUAUACCAUUUGUUGCUUAUUCAUAUGUUGCAUUAAUAAUGACUAUUCUUUUAUUUGGACUUGCAGUGUCAGCAAAUUAUGCAUUAACAUCCAUUAUUCUUGCAAAUAUGUGUGGUUUAGAAUUAUUAACAUCAGCUUAUGGACUCAUUUUACUUGGACAAGGUUUAUCAUCUUUAUUUGGGCCUAUUUUAGGAGGCUGGAUUGCUGAACAUUAUGGAUAUAAGACAUCAUUGAUCGUGGCUGGGGUAUUUAUGGGUUUAUCUGGUUGUGUUACAACUAUUUUGUAUAUACUUCAAUAUUUACAUGGACGGAAGAAACAUAAAAAAACUGACAAGACGGUGAAUACAAAUAUGACGAUUAUUACGUCAGAUAAUCUCGAGUGA